CAAUUGCAGCUGGAAGAAGAAGCAUAAGUUGAUAUUGUUUAUAUUUCUCUCAUCGAGAAAAAAAUUAUGUCCACAGAAAAAGAAAAAUCGGAAAAAACUAAAAUCAAUGCUCAGGUCAAACAUGUUCCCAAAGAUGCCCAGGUGAUUAUGUCCAUAUUAAAAGACUUGGGCAUACAAGAAUAUGAACCAAGGGUUAUCAAUCAAUUACUGGAGUUUUGCUAUCGAUAUGUAACAUGUAUACUGGAUGAUGCCAAAGUCUUUGCUAAUCAUGCCCGGAAGAAGACCAUCGAUUUGGAUGAUGUUAAAUUGGCCACGGAAGUGGUGUUGGAUAAAGCAUUUACCUGCCCACCACCUAGACAUGUAAUUUCAAAACUAGCUGAAGUCCGCAACAGUAUGCCCCUGCCGCCCAUUAAGCCACACUGUGGUCUACGUCUGCCACCCGAUCGUUAUUGCCUCUCGGCCUGCAAUUAUAAAUUGCGCGCCGCCAACCAAGCCAAAAAGAUGACUAAAUCUGCUUUGGACAGUCGUAGUACAAUUAAGGCCCAAGUUAAAUCCGGUGGUGCUGGUAGUUCCAUAAAACGCCAAACAGUUGUUACACCCAAGGCCCAAGUUGUUACGAUACCAAAGCCGGUGAUUAAGUUUACAACAACUGCCAAAACGGUUGCGGUUGAUAGUAAAGGUAUGUCUGGUAGUGGUGGCGGCGGUGGUAUGUCCGAUGCUGUGGGUGAGGUAAAAAUGGAAGUCGAUUCGGAUACAAAUGCUGUGGUAGGCUCCAUCACCACUGUCCAAUCAUCCAAUUCGGGAGUGAAAAGAGAACGCGAUGAGGAUGAGUUUGAAGUAGUACCAUAAGUUAUAAAGAUUUUUUUGUAUUUUAAAUGGAAAAUAAAAAUUAUAAAUAUAAUAAAAAAAUGGCUAGGUCAUUUUUGCGCAAAGAAUUAGAUAGUCGCGAUCAUGUAUGUGCUGCAUGGGCUGCUAAACUACGAAAAAUGAAACUAUGCAAUGUAAACUAUCCGAAA